AUGGAUUCCCGAAUGAGUCAAGACUCACCUAUCAAAAAAGAGCCGAGGCCUAUUGGGAGGAAGGCGACGAAGGUGAAGAAAUGGAGUAAUUCUACCAAGAAUGCAUCUAAAUUUUUGGAGGACAUUUCAAAGCACCAAGCCAUGAGAAUUGAAAUGGACAUGAAACAACAAGAGCACGGUAGGGCAAUUCAACUAGAAUAUGUAAAAGAAAGGGGGUAUAGCCGCCAUGAAAGGGAGUAUGUACGCCAACAAAACAUUGAAAAAACGGAUCAGGAAACCAUGACCAUGGAUACAAGCCAUAUGUCCCUUGAAACAAAACAAUUUUGGAAACUAGAAUGA